GUGUUUCCUCUGUACGACUCAGCAGCCUAUAUAUACUCAGCCAUGGGCUGUGCAGAACACACACUCCGUAUUCAACAGCUCACUGAACAGCCAGCUCAUCCACACAGCUGCCGUGUCAAUCAUGAAGGUCCUCGUGGUGCUCGCCCUCGCUGUUUUCACUGCAGGUUGCAAUGCCAACAUUGUGUGGCAAAGCCAGCCCAAGCAGCAGGUCGACAUGGUGAAAGAUGCUUUCUGGGACUACGUUGCCAAGGCAACCAUGACCGCCGAGGACUCCCUGAAGCAGAUCAGACAGUCCCAGCUGGGCAAGGAAGUGAACACCCUCAUCUCUGAGAGCACCGACGCCGUCAACAAGCUCACCAAUGCUUUCCGUGCUCAGGUGGCUCCUCUGACUCAGGACUUCAUGACUAAGUUUUCCCAGCAGGCCGAGCAGCUGAAGGCUCGUCUGGAGAAGGAUCUGACCACCGUGAGAACUAACCUGCAGCCCUACGCCGAGGCAAUGGUAGCUGACCUCCAGAGGCAGGUGGAGGAGCUGAAGAAGGAGGCGGCCCCCUACGCUGAGUCCAUGGAUCCCGAGGCCCUGAAGGCCCUCCUGCUGCAGAAGAGCCAGGAGCUGAAGGGGCAGCUGGAUAAGAGUGUGAACCAGCUGCAGGCCCAGAUGGUCCCCUACACCGAGGAGAUGAAGGAGAAGAUGGAGCAGAGCCUGGAGGAGUUUCAGAGGAGCAUGAUCCCCCUGGCCCAGAGCUUUGAGACCCAGCUGACCCAGAAAACCCAGGAGAUCCAGCAGAACCUGGCUCCAUACGGAGAGGAGCUGAGGGCCAAGCUGGACGCCAGCGCUCAGGACCUGCAAGCUCAGCUGGCUGCUCUGUGGGAGUCCUUCACUAAGUUGACUCAAUAAACGGACUCGGUUUUGAAUUUUUCUCUACUGCUUGAUCACCAGUUGUUCAUGAGACAGAUAAAAAGUGCAAUACAUCAUUUUCUGUGUUUUUAUGUUGAUGAAAGAUGCUGUCAGAUGCAACCUUCUGAGUAAUGUCAGUAUUUCUUCUAUUGUGUUACUGUUUACAACUAUAAGCUUUAAUCUGUAAAACAACAAUAAAUAGUUUAAAUGUA